AUGUCGACGAAGAAGACGCCGGCGCUGCGCAGCGCCUGGGCUCUGAUGCUCGUCGUGCCGCUCGCCGCCCUCGUGCCGCCGGGCCGGCCGCCGCGCACGACGAAGCUCGACGCCGCGACGCUCGCGCGCCGCCGCGAGCGGCGCGAGGCGCUCAAACCGCUGCUGACGUGGCCCGAGGAGCAGCGCCUCGGCCGCGAGUGCCGGCGGCUCGCGGCCCUCGAGGACGUCCGCGCCCGGGAGGGCGCGCGGCUGCGGCGCGCGCCCACGCGCGGGGAGUGGGCCGCGGCCGCCAACUACUCGAGCGAGGCCGCGCUGCGGGCGGACCGCGCGCGCAUGCGCGCGUGCCGCGACGAGCUCAUCGCGCGGAACCUGCGCCUGGUGCUCAGCGUCGCGGGCCGGUACAAGCCGCAGCCCGGCCUCGAGUUCGACGACCUCGUCGCCGAGGGGAACUUCGGGCUGGCCAAGGCGGCGGCGCGCUUCGACCCCGGGCGGGGCUUCCGCUUCUCGACGUACGCGGUCUGGUGGAUCCGGCAGGCGAUCUCGCACGCCGUCGGCCACGACGCGCGCGCGAUCCGCCUGCCGGCGCACGUGCACGACAAGCUGCGGCCUGCGUGGAAAUCAACCAGUGCGUCGGGUGCACCCGACAAUUCUUCACUACGUCGUUCCUCGGCGACGACGCGGCCGUCCUGAACGCGCCGUAAAAUUUUGAUUUCCACACAGGCUGCGGCGCAUGCGGCGCCUGCGCGAGGAGUACCGCGAGGCCCACGGGCGCGACCCCGACGACCGGCACGUCGCGGCCGCGCUGGGCAUUGAUCACACAAAGGUCCGCGCGCUCGGGCGCGCGGCGCGCGAGGUGGCGUCGCUCGACGCGAGCGCCCUGCUGCGGGGCGGCCCGCGCAAGGGCUCGGGCGCGGCGGAG